AACUACUGCCGCCCAACUCUGUCGAGGACUUGCGGCAACGACUUUCGUCGGGGCCUGGACUGGGCUUUACUGGAAUCCCACAUCCGUCUUCCGUGUCGGCCGCUCUUGGGGUUUCGCAAUCCGCAAUGUCGUUUGCACGGAGAGGGGCCCCUGAAAAUGCGUUCCACGACCUCUCAAAGCGAAGCACAAUCUUCCGAUCCAAGUUGAUCGAGGAGUUCCAGCUCCUCGACAACAUCUCCAAUUCCUCGGCUGGAGGACGCGCUCCGACACAUACUUCGAGAGAUAUUGCCGACCCGAAGGCGCGCAAGCUCAUUCUGCUGGAGGACCCAUACCAAUGCAUCAAAUUCCAGCCUUUCAAGCGCACCCAGCUUACCGAUGAAUUUGCCCUCACCGAUCGCCGCCUGACUCGCACGAGAAACCGGCGCAUCGUUCCCAUCGGGGCAUGGGCAGGAUGGAUCACCCACCACAAGUGGUUCGAAGGAUUCAUGCUCGUCGUCAUCGUCUCGAACUCGGUGAUGCUCGGUGUCCACGCCGAGCUCGCCGGAACCCAGGAGUCGUACUGGUUUCUGUUUCAGUUCAUCAAGAUCUUUGACGACUUUUGCCUGCUCAUGUUUGUGCUCGAGAUUGUGCUCAAGUGGAUGGAUAGCUUCUGGAACUUUUGGAAGGACGGCUGGAACAUUGCCGAUUUUGCUAUCACCGUCCUGUCGGCCAUUCCAGAGCUCGUCGACUUGACCGGCACCGUGGGGUCCAACUCAUCAAUCUCCAAAAUCCUCAACGAGAUGGGCACCCUCCGAAUCCUCCGGGCACUGAAAAUGGUGGCGCGCUUUGGCACACUCAAGAUCAUUGUCAUGACCAUCAUCCAGGCAUUCCAGUCGAUGGCGAUGAUCAUGCUUCUCGUUGGCUUGGUUGCAUACAUGUACGCAGUCAUCGGCAUUCACCUGUACGCGGGCAGCGACACGCCCAACAACACUUCGCCGUUUGCAAAUGCCUUCGUCAACGUCGAGUCAUCCAUGCGGACGCUCUUCCAGCUGAUCACCCUGGAUUCAUGGGAUCCCAUCAAUCGAUAUCUGGCGACCGUCGCCGAUCCCGUGAUAUCGCAGAUAUUUGUGAUAUCGUGGGUUUGGCUUGGGGCCUUCAUUUUCCGCAACAUUUUUGUUGGCGUCAUGGUUCACAACUUUGAUAAAAUCAGCGACAAACUCAAGUCUGAGCGCGAGGAAAUGAGUCGAUUGAAGAAAUACGAGAAAAUGAGACGAAAACUCAACAAAGAACUUGAGAUUCAGGGCAAUCUGCAACGAGUCGGGACUACCACGGAGCCCAUCCGAGAGAGCGGACUGGAGCAUCUGCCAAAGAGCGACCAAGUGAUGCAGAGUAUCCAAAAGCUGCUCCUGACAAACCAGGAGAUUUCCGAGGGGUGGGAAAAGACCGUCCAGGAAACGCUGCGUGCCAUGACGGCCAUUCCCACGGAGACCAUGUGGUCGAGAGACACGCUGUUCAAGUACUUUCAAAUCAUGGAGACAUUGCAGGAAAACAUGCGGGAGUAUCAAGAACUGCAGAUGAUGGCAGCCUGGCUCCUCAUGGAAAUGCACGACACCUGAAGCACGAUGUGCGGCACUCCGCCCAUGAGCUGAAGCCAAAGGAGGAAAACACCCUCGCUUGGCUAUUGCGGUGCACCAAAUGGCGAUUUCGUUCGCCGACAUGGGCAUCCACGUCUUGUUUUGGACCAGAUUCGUUUGCUACAGCGGCGCUUCGUUACAGCUGUGUCGCCUCGCUCACCAAAGUGUGCACCCAGGAUACAGCCAGUACAAUGCGCAACGGGGCAGUGUGCCCCCGAGUGUCCUUGGCAUCAACCGCUGCUUGUUGGUUUUGGAAGCGCUGGCUGAAUAUAUCCGUCUGAUCUCCUGUG